UGCUAGUGCCAAUAGCUGAAGAAUCAUUUGGUCAGACAGUGAGGGCCAGCCAUGGAAACAAAACCUUUACCAUCUGUUGCUGAAUAUUAUGCAGGCAAAUGCAUGUUUAUCACUGGAGCAACUGGAUUUAUUGGUAAAGUCCUCAUUGAAAAGUUGCUCAGAUGUUGUCCUGGUAUAAAGACUAUUUAUAUGCUAAUGCGACCGAAGAAAGGCCAAAGUAUUGAUGAGCGGUUCCAAGAUUUGUUGCACAGUCGUCCUUUUGACAAAUUAUGGAAAGAGCGACCAGACUUUCACCGUGUCUUACACCCAAUAGAAGGUGACAUUAUGGAAGAGAAAUUGGGACUAAAAGACAGAGAUAGUAAACUGCUAUCUGAAGAAGUAGAGAUUGUUUUCCACAGUGCAGCAACAAUUAGAUUUGAUGAACAUAUCAGUUAUUAAACCUACUAGAAGCAGAGACCAAAUUCUCUUAAACCAUACCCUAGGCGCAGGAGUGACUGUGUGGUAAGUAGCUUGCUUACCAACCACAUGGUUCCAGGUUCAAUCUCACUGCAUGGUACCUUGGGCAAGUGUCCCCUACUAUAGCCUCAGAUCACCCAAAGCCCUGUAAGCGAAUUUGAUAGAUGGAAACUGAAGGAAGCCCGUCGUAUAUAUGUGUGUUUGUGUGUGUGCGUGUGUGUGUGUAUGUGUGUAUAUGUUUGCAUGUCUGUGUUUGUCUCCCCACCAUUGCUUGAUAACUGAUGUUGGUGUGUUUACAUCACUGUAAUUUACGCACAUAUACAUGCACACAUACCUAUACACUUACACACACACACCCAUGUAUACAUACACAAGCCCAUGUAUAUAUAUAUAUAUAUAUAUAUAUAUAUAUAUAUAUACACACACACACAGGCACAUUCCUAUACACACGCAUGCACACAUAUACACACAUAUCUACAUACAUAUAGUUAUACGUACAUAUGUACACAUACUCAUACAUAUAUAUAAAUACACACACACGUAUACACACAUAUAUAUAUAUAUAUAUGAACAUGUGUAUAUAUGUAAAUAGUGUUUUUAUAUAAAUGCAUGCAUAUAUACACACACACACAUUUGCACCCAUACACGCAAGAACGUAUGUACGCACUUAUGUAAAUACAUAGACACAUUUAUACCUAACCACUCAUGAGUUUAUGUUAAUGCCCCACCACACAUGAUGCAACCGAUCUUAUGGUCUGCAAUACCAACUUCAGGAAACCUGCCAGUCACCUAGUCACCUACCGCUCCGGCAGACACUCUAGCCAAAUCGACUACAUCCUCGCCAGAAAUAGGGAAAGAGGGCGGCUUAUAAAUGCCAAAACCUACCCUGGCGAAGAAUGUACCCCACAACAUAGAUUAGUAGUUAGCGACUUUGGGAUCAAGGCAAAAUGGGUGCCCAGAAUUAGACAGGCUUGGAGGAGAAGGGUGUGGAAGCUUAAAGACCCUGCAAACGGACAGAGACUUAGAGACAAGUUACUUGAAGCAUUUAACGAAAUAGAA